CAGCAACUACAACAAAGGCCGAGGUAACUAAAACAAAAGCCGAGGUAACUAAAACCACAGCUCCCAGCAAUGGUAAUAGCAACUCGGGCGGUAAUACAGGUGACAGCAACGACAACGACGACAACGACAACGACAACGACAACAGCAAUAACAACAACAAUAAUAGCAAUAAUAACAACAGCAAUAACAACUCGGGCAACGGCAGCUCAGGGGGCAGCACCGGCGGGUCUAAAAACAGUAGUGCUGGUUCCAACAACAGUUCAAAGUCAGUGAGUAGAGCGAGCAGUAGCAGCCAUCAGACUACUCGUGCCCCCUCAGCCAACAACGAAGACUCCGAUGACUCGGAAGAGGUUAUUGAGGACGAUUACGAACAAAUAAUUGAAGAUGGAGACUUUGUCACUGUCAACGGAAGCAUUAUUCCAAUUGCUGAGCUUUUAACUAAUCCUGGCAUGUCGGACCUUGAGAUUACCCGCGUACUGUACCUCACCAAGACCGAUUCAAACGGCAAGCUUGUUUUGGUAUCAAAUAUCGAGGUCGAAACCUACGCUUACGCCGAUUACAUGGACAACGACGACGACGAUAUAAUUGAUGGCCCUGUUGACGAGAUUGUCCCCGAUGGUGGAAUGAAAAACUCUCAGAACAACGCCAACGCAAAGGCGAGAAGUAGCAACGGGCUGAGCCGCGGCGCUAUCAUUGCCGUCAGUGUUGUUGUUCCUCUUGCCACCAUUUUCAUACUGAUUGGCAUGUACUUCUUGCACAAGUGGUGGCGCAGACGCCGCAACGCCAUGAGCUGGGAUCCCAAGAAUGAGACUGCUGAUCUUAACCGCAAGAGAAUGCUCGACGAAAUCUCUGUUUCUGGCGACGCCGAAACCGAGGCCACUCCAGAAUUUAACAAUGUUGCUGUACCUGCACCUGUUUAUGUCCCUGUCACUGAACGCAUUACCAGAGACAGUCACGACAUUUCUCUUCCAAACUACGAAGCACAUGGUUUUGCAAAUAUUGUUUUGCCAUCCGAAAAGUCAGCCGCACCUUGAGUCUGCGUUACUUUGGGCAUACAUAAACGUAUAUGUUAGUUUUAAUAUAUUCUUUACAAAUUUUAUUUAUUUGUCAUUGUCCAUUAAUUUGGCCAACCUCAC